AUGGAGGCGUUGCAUUCUUACACAGCGAGCACAGGCUCGGAAGAGAGCAGCACAGCUGAGGGAAGGGGUGGGCCAGCGGCUCGAGGCAGUUCCCCCGCCGGCCCGCAGUGGGGCGCUGUGAGGGAGCAGCGUCGGGAGCAGGCGAGGCCCCUCCCCCUAAGGGAGGAGGGGGGCGUGACCCGGAUGGCGCGCGGCCUGACUGAGGCCCGAGCUUACGGACGCGGGGCGGAAGGAGAGGAGGAGGCCAUGGCCGCGGGGGAGCCUGCUCCGGUGCCUGUGACUUUUGAUGAUGUGACCAUGUAUUUCACGGAGCAGGAGUGGAGAAACCUGGAGGAAUGGCAGAAGGAGCUUUACAAGCAUGUGGUGAUGACCAAUUAUGAAACCUUGGUCUCAUUGGGCUGUGCCAUUGCCAAGCCAGACUUGAUCACCUGGAUUGAACAGGGAGAAGAGCCGUUCAUCAGAAGUCAGGGAUACUUAGGGACAAGAGAUCUGGCAUUUGGCUUCAGAGAUGACGAGCAUCUUGACUUGAAGCAUACCAAGAUGCAGCUGCUUUGUGGGGACUCUGGAUCUUCAAGUUCAAGACAACAGGAAAGCCAUGGACAUGACCCUCAAAACCAGAACUGUUCUGAGCCCUUACCAUUCCGCUGCAGUGAGUGCAGCAAGGGCUUCACUCACAAAGCUCAAUUAACCAAACACUUCAGGAUUCACAGACGAGAGAAACACUUCUGGUGCGCACAGUGUGACAAGAACUUUGCUGGAAAAUACGAAUUACUCCGGCACCAGCUUCUGCAUACUGGGGAAAGACCCUUCCAGUGCCCCAAGUGUGACAGGAGCUUCCGCCAAAAAGGGCAUCUUCUCCGGCACCAGCGCCUGCACACAGGGGAGAGGCCCUUCCAGUGUCCAGAGUGUGACGAGUGCUUCAGGCUAAAAGCUGACAUGAAGGCCCAUCAGCGCCAGCACAGGGGAGAUAAGCCAUUCUCCUGCAGUGAAUGUGGUAAGAGCUUCACCAAACAUUGUUAUCUCAAUGAGCACAUCAGAUUGCACACAGGGGAGAGGCCCUUCCAGUGCCCAGAGUGUGGUAAAAACUUUCGAAUGAAAGCAGAUAUGAGAGUCCACCAGCGAAGACACAUAAAGGCCAGAUCUUUCUGCUGCAGCGAGUGCGAUAAAGCAUUCCCCAAACAAUCUAAGCUCACAGCCCACAUUAAGGUGCACACCAAGAAACAGCGCUACAGGGCCCUGCUCUUUGGACUGAUGGACCUGGACUGGGGUUGAGGCAGAACCAUAACAUACAAGGUGUGAUUAUCAAGUACAGACUGAAAGUCAGUGUCACAGCGAGAAGGGACUUAAGGUGUUAUCUAGUACAACCCCCCUACAACAUUCUUGGAUUCAACUAGAGUCACAUCCCAAUAACUCCAAACCAUUGGUUAUCGUUCUGUGUGGAGCAAGCAACUGUUUGGCACCCUGUCCACAUAGCAUCCCUCCAGCUCUGAGUAAAGUCUGGCCAAUAAUUUGAGUGACCAAACUGGACUAAGCUGUCUUUCUUCAAAAAUAAGAUAAAACUAAGAAGUAAGGAGGCUGGUGUUCUCAUAGGGCUUAUUAGUCAAUGCAGAAGAGGUUACCAAAAUGGAUCACCUCUCUGUUGGCAAAAUAUUCUCACUCUUUCUAAAAGCCUAGGAAGUUAGGCCCUGAAAGACUGAGAGACAAUCCUGAACAAACUUAAGUGAGGAAUAGUAUGACAGGGAUGGAAAUCUUUCCCCUACCUAUCUCAAACAUGAAUGGGUGAAGCUUGAUACUCAUCUGGACACCCUGAAUAAAGAUCCUAUAAAAUGUGGUCCCAAUUUUGUCCUGUUCUAGUUGAGGAACUCGGUGGGAUUGUUUCCUUGGUGUAGUUUGCUGCUGACACAGUAAAUGGAGGCUCUCUUAAUCUGAGAGCUCAUCAGUUGGUGUGGAGAUUCAUCUAGCUGCGAUGAACCUGUGCAGUCUCCCCAACUUGUACAGAGCUCUUUACUGAGGCAUGAUAGAGUGGAAGUAGGAGACAUAGUCCCUGCUGGCCCAGUCUAAUAGGAUUCCUCAAAUAUAGUGAUUCUAGGAACACUUACAAAGAAACAUAUGACCACAAAUUAACGUAGGAAAACAUAUAGUUCCCAUGGACAUAAAAGUUCUGAAAAGAUACCAGCUAACAUUGUCAAAAUUUACCCGAAAAGCCUGCAUGAAGGAUUUAAAUCUAGGUUGGUUAGGUAGGUGAGAGGCAUCUGAGGUAGAGGAAGUGCACUGCAAAAACCAUCAGGAUCAGCUUAUCAGCUGAGUAGUAUUAAGGUUUUAGUAGUGAGAGGAGGGCAUUGAAACUGGGGCUCGGGAGGUUAAAUUUGAUAUAAUACAGAGGCAUGGUGAUGUGUCAUAUAAAGUACCAUUGAAGUCUGAGGGUUUAAAUCUGCCCUCUUGACGUUCAUUAGUUCUGUAACCAUGAACAUGUUAUUUAAUUCAGAACAUCCGUUUCCUCAUGUAUAAAAUGUAGAUAUUACCUAUAGACAUACCUCACAGUUUUUGUGAACUCAAACUAACUGAUGCCUAUAAAGCACUUUAUAAACCUUAAAUCGCUAUAUAAUUGGCAAAGGCCAAGUAAUUACUUUUGGAAACUGGUCUAAAUUCUCACUCCACUGUGCAUUUUUGGCCCAGUGACCAUUACGUAAGGCAUCAUCCCAACUAGUGUUUUCAAACUCCCAACAAAUGUUAAUCUUUCACAUUCCAGAAUGAAGAAGAAAUGAUUCCUGGGAAUUUGUCAGGGAUUCAUGAAAUUAUGAGUUAUUCUGUAUUUUUCAUGACAUUUAUGUUCUUAAAUAAUAAUGAGUGACUAUAAUAAACAGUCAAUCACUUUUCUGUCAUAGUGUUUUAUUAAAAGUUUCAGGAGAUAUUUUGUUUAAAGCAUAGUAAUAACAAAUUAUAGUAAUAACAAACAUAUAUGUGUGCAUAUAUAUAUUAUUACAACAAACUGAUAUCUUGUGAUGUUGAUUUAAAACCGAUCUGCCAAC